AUGUCGUCUUCAUUAUCUCCUGAUCAAUUUGGGAGCGCUCAAACUCAUAGCUCCCCAGAUGGCACUGCGACCAGCCAAGAUCGCAGUCCGCUGAAUCUGGGCUUCCUCAAAUCUUUGACCGAGAAAAGGACCACACGAGACGGCAACCCUGCCAAGCGUCGUGGUCCAAAGCCUGAUAGCAAGCCCGCCCUCACUCGCAGGCAAGAGUUGAACCGACAAGCACAACGGACCCAUCGCGAACGCAAGGAGCUCUACAUUAAGGCGCUUGAGGACGAAGUCCUGAGAUUGAAGGAACUGUAUAGCAACGUUUCGCAAAGCAAAGAAAAGCUACUGGCCGAAAACAAGUACCUGAAAACAAUCAUGGCUCAGCAUGGCAUACAAUUUCCACGAUCCGGCGACCGGGACGAUGGAGGCAGUCCCGGCGCAGCGGGUGCAAGUCCCGGCAACAGCGGUGCUCCGGGUUCUUAUGCCUCCUUCUCUCCAGGGUCACAAUCUGGCGCUUCAACCGGCCAUUCCACCAAUUUUCAGCCCAUGACCGGCCAGCAGAUGCGGGGCCUGGUACAACAGUCUGCAAACAAAGGCGUCGAUUUUGAGCAAGCAGGAAUUGAUUUCGUUUUAACACUUGAGAAGCCUUGCAUGCAGCACCUUCCCUUCCUUACCGAUAGAUCGGAGGGCGGUGAGCCGUGUGGCCACGCCCUCAUGGCCUCGUGUCCGCCUGCGCCUUUCGGCAAGUUGACGCCCAAGACACCAUUUGGAAACACCCACACGCACGACCACGGAGACGGAACCAACCCAGCUCAAGGAACUUGGGAGAUAAGCAAGGCUGAUCUGUCCACCCUGCUUGAUUUGAGUCAACACCUCGAUCUUGAUGGGGAGAUUACUCCUGUCAUGGCUUGGGGGAUGAUUUUGAGUCAUCCACGAUUCACCGACUUCCAGCCUGAAGACUUUGCAAAGAUUGCCGCAGAGUUGGGCCGCAAAGUGAGGUGUUACGGAUUUGGAGCUGUCAUGGAGGAGUUUGAACUGAGAGAUGCCUUCGAAAGCGUGCUUCCCUCGGGUCUGGAGCCAGAGAUCAUGGCUCACUAA